CUCUCACCGUCCCAAACAUCACCACAAAAUGCGGUACCUAACGCCGCUGGGCAAGGCGCUCUACCCUGCGCUCUACCCCAUAUGGGGUAUCUGUUUCUUCAUCGUCCACCCUCCGUUUUGGAGCCUCUUCAAGACGCGUCUGAUACCCGUGCUGUUCCUGAGUUUACUGGUGUAUACCCUCUUGUUUAUGUUUGCUUUCCUGCCACAGGCAGCGCUGUUGGCUAUAUUCCAUGGCCCUGCGGCGUUUGUGAGUGCCGCGUUUUUGGUUUUGGGAGAAGGCGCUGUCAUCGUCGCCCUCCUCUUUGAAGCCUUCUUCGUUGAUGAAACGCUUGUUGACGUUUUCGACGCGACCCUCCUCUCCCGGCACCAAGAAGCCCUGCUCUCACCCUCGCGCACUAUUUUCCCCGCCGCCUCAAACCCAGUCAAGGCCCUCGGCCCACCAACAGAGAAGGCCGUGUAUGGCCCAUUCAGCUUCCGCCAGAUUGCGGAAUUUGUGCUGUUCCUGCCGCUGAAUUUCAUUCCCUUCGCGGGCGUGCCGCUGUUCUUGAUUCUUACGGGGAGGAGGGCCGGGCCGUUGCAGCAUUGGAGGUAUUUUAAGUUGAGGGGGUUGGGGAGGAAGGAGCGGAAUAAGGAGGUGGAGAGUCGGCGAUGGGGGUAUACUUGGUUUGGGACCAUUGCGCUACUGCUACAGCUUGUCCCAGUGUUGUCAAUGUUCUUCUUACUUACAUCUGCUGCUGGCUCAGCGCUGUGGGUUGCGGAUUUGGAAGAAGCAAGGCAGCAGCAGUUGUUGGCUGCUGAGUCAGUCGUUGGAGGAGCGCAAGUUGAUGACGAGUUUCCGCCAGAGUACACGGAUACGGAAGAUCAGGUAUAAUGCUCAUAAAGUUAUUUAUGAUUAAUAUUUACUAUUGUUGAGUUGGAUCUAUACAUUAUUUGUCUCCAUAUGAAGUGCUGUCUAUCUGUAGUCACGAUUCUAUGAGAGAGGGAGGCAAAGUUGUUUCUCUAUAUGUCAUGCUAUGCAGAGCCAUGCUUGUUCACAGGAAUAUGUCAACUGCGACACGUCUGUGUUUGAAGUCCUGUCUACUAUCGCAUUUGUUUUAUUAUUCUACAAUGAUCUUGCCGCCUGAGUCAAGAUUUAUAAAGUGAGUAUGGAGUUUGCGCAAAGUUCUGAGCAGACCAUUUGAUCUAUAAUAACACAGAAAUGUUUGUUCGAGCGAGUUUAUGCCAAAGCUCAGUCAUCCAUCAAUGGUUUUAUAUAGCCAUUGGAGAUUAGCUUUAAUAAGUGGCCUUGUUGAUAAGAUGUAUAAAAUACACAGGAAUUAGCGGUCAUCCGAAUUGAGUGAAAUUCAAGUGCUCUUCCUCGUUCCUUCUACAAUUGGCCGCUUAGGG